CCAAGGACCAGCCGCAGGCCAACUGGCUGCCGGCACCCAAGGGAGUCUUCUCAAUCGUGCUGCGCCUGGUGAGACAGCCAGAGGCAUGGAUGGAUGGAUGAAUGGAUGGAUGCCACAUCUCUCUGCUGCUAUCUGUCUGAUCGCAUCUGCAGUAUUGGCCCAAGCAAUCGGUCGUCGACGGACUCUGGACGCCGCCGCCCCUCGUCAGGGCGUGACAGAGAGGGCAGGUGCGACAGUGAGCGAUGCUGAUUCGCCUUUUGUAGUCUGUAUGUAGUCCGUCGCUUGUCACACGACCUGCCGUCACGGCGCCUUUUUCGUAUGGUGGCUGCUUGUGGAUAUCUCGCAUGUUCGUCUUUUAUAGGACGUUUUGAUGUGGGUGUGGUGUGGGGGGCAUAGGCGAGAGAUUGAUAGUCAGCGCAGUACCAUGAGAUGCAAUAUAUAGGCCAUCAUAGCAGUCAUAGUUAUUGUCUCCGUGAGAUGCCUUUUUUCAAUGGCAGCAAGGGAAUGCGACGACGGGGUGACCAUGACUUGCAGACAGUGCAGAGAAGCCAGUUCGAAGAGUAGUGAGACAGACGGUAGCUGACGGUGCGUACGAUGCGUGUGAUCAAGUGACGAGACAUGACCCCUACGCCUCGAUAUUCAGCGCCUGCGUGUCAAACCGGUCCACGGGCUCAUUCCCGGUCGUCGGCACGGGCUGACAGGAUGCUCCUCCACUCGGGCGCAUCAUCAGAUUCAAUGCCUCCUCGGUGCGCAUUCCAGAGCUUCCAUGGAGGCACGGGCGAAAAUUUGAGAUGCUGUGACGGUGGAGUGUGCCAUGUUGAGGUUGGGAGUGUCAGUUUGGGGGUAUCGGACGUCAUUGCGCCUUCAUUUGAGGGUGCCAUCGAAGCAUGGUCCAUCAUGGCAUGUACAUCACACAAAGCGUCCGCAUGAAACACUACAGUGCAUGCAAUACAGUACAGUAACAGUGCAGUGGUCCUACGCCUACUCCCCCACCCCGUCUCCGCCCCCCUCGCGACUCGACGAUCGCCAUUCCGCUGUUCAGAAUGGACAACACAAACCAAGACGACCCUGUUGACCCCAGCAACCACCCCAGCAACCACCCCAGCGGCACCACUGGCAGCCCUCCCGGCUCGAAUGAGCCAUCUUCCGCCGCGUCAAUGAAGAUGACGGAGCCCGAAACCGAGAGUAACGACGUUGCCCAGACAUUUCCCACGAUAAGCCUCAUCAUGACAGUGCGGCUGAGUCAAAUUGAAGGGGACAGCAGCUCCCCUGUCAUCGAGCCAUCUGACCACUGGUCUGCUGAGUCUGUCUGGUCUGACAAAGAAGUCGACGUCACGGUCACGGAACAGCCAGAGUAUGAUCGGGGGAAGGUCGGGGGGCCAGCGGAAUACCCAAGCGACUGCAACUUGCCCGCAUUGCCGAGGGAGAGGGGUGACUGGCAGCUGAUGCCGACGCAGCGCACCUUCCGUGAGAGAGUGGAGCGGUUCUUCAGUGUUUUCAUCGCCCGAGACCCGCCCAGCGAGCGGCGCGGGAGGAGCCGAGAUGCGGUCAUGAUGGAGGAAGCGGGCCUUCCGAGGGGCGUGAGGGAGCAGGAACUCGCCAUUGCCGCUGUGGAGAGAGAGUUCCACGACGCCGCAGGAUACAAUGCCGCGUGAGCAUCGACUUCGGGCUAUGGGUGUUCAAGACAUUUGCACAUGCAUUUGUGUUUCAUGCAGGUACCAAGAGUUUGAGACACGACUGCGAUACGAGGAGGCCGAGGGCCCUGACGGUCUCAUGGUCGAUGUGCUGGUUCCACCGAAAGCCGCUCAGCCGCACUGUGUGGCGCUCUCUCCACGUCAUUUUCCAUCAAGUGGCUGCUGCGACCGGCAUCGCUGCCGUGUGGGUGGUGCUGUAUACGCUCUACUGGCUUUCCUGUGA